AGCUAGCCAUUGUCAAAAAAAAAAAAAAAAAAAGCAAAGCUAAGUAGCUAACUAGGCCUCGUUGUCGCAAACAGGCUUUGAGUCAAUCGAGAAAAAUCUAGGGUUCAACCUUCAAACUGAAAAAUGGCGCAAGAAUUGGAGAGAGAGAAGAACAAAUUCAGUAUAAUCAUACCUACUUACAAUGAACGUCUUAACAUUGCUCUUGUCGUAUACCUAGUCUUCAAACAUCUCAGGGAUAUUGACUUCGAAGUAAUAAUCGUGGAUGAUGGGAGUCCAGAUGGUACUCAAGAAAUUAUUAAACAAUUGCAGCAAGUUUAUGGGAAUGGUAACGUAAUUUUGGCAGCUAGACCGAAGAAGCUUGGGCUAGGAACUGCAUAUGCUCAUGGCUUGAAGCAUGCAUCUGGCAAUUUUGUUGUAAUUAUGGAUGCUGAUCUCUCCCAUCAUCCAAAGUACUUGCCAAGUUUCAUCAAGAAACAGAUGGAGACGGGUGCAAGUAUAGUUACUGGAACCCGAUAUGUUAGGGGUGGUGGUGUACAUGGGUGGAAUCUUAUGCGCAAACUUACUAGCAGGGGAGCAAAUGUACUUGCUCACACUAUUCUUUGGCCAGGGGUUUCAGAUUUGACUGGAUCUUUUCGGCUUUAUCGGAAAUCUGUUCUUGAAGAUCUCAUCAGCUCCUGUGUCAGUAAAGGUUAUGUGUUUCAAAUGGAGAUGAUUGUUAGAGCUUCAAGACAAGGCCAUCAUAUCGAAGAGGUUCCCAUAACAUUUGUCGAUAGAGUAUAUGGAAGCUCAAAACUUGGUGGAUCUGAAAUUGUCGAAUAUUUGAAAGGUCUUGUAUAUCUUCUCUUCACUACAUGAUAGUAUGUAACUAGAUGAAUAUUAGGGGUUUGGAUACAACAAAUGUGUAACGGUACAUCACAGUAUAAAUGGUUUUCCAUCCUGUUUCUUGGAAAUUUUGUGCCCUGAGAUGGACUAGGUUAAAGGUUAUACCAUUGUCAUGUCUAGGGAUCUUUGGGCAUCUAGUUCAUUGUUUUAUGCUUAUAAAUUAUAAUUAGUGAUUUCCAGGUUCA